AUGCAUCCAAGGAGAGAGAGAUCACAACAACUGUCAUACCAGUCAUCGAGGGAAAUAUCGGCGAUAAUAUACACAAGUCAUCCAAUAUCACCUUCAGCACCUGGGGCACAACCCGGAUAUGUCAUGACGCAAAUCAAAACGUGGGCCUUGACUGGCGACGCCGAUACUUUUCGGAAAGGAGCUGCUGCACACCGGAAUGGUAGGGACUGGGCGAAGCGACAAAGAGACGACGCGAUCAAGCAUGCCCAGAAUGCAGCACGUCAUACGGCAGUUGCAUCGUCACUGGAGGAUAGCUCAGGGCUGAGCUUUACAAGCGAAGGGUCGGCUGCCGAAACAAUUGCCAAUAGUCAAAAGACCAUCCUAAACCUCGAUGACAACUUGCCAUUGUCAUACGAGUCCGACACGUCCGCAGAUGAACUAUCGGAGGAAUUUCAUAAUCUCAAACGCCCUAGGUCACACUCUCCACGGAAGAAGCAGUAAUGGUAAACGACCAGG